UCUUCCGAGGGUUAGGGCUCGUGGUCGCGAGUAGCAUGGGGAGUAGCGAGGCGGACGCGUCUUGGCGCGGCUACGUGAUCCGGAUUGGCGAUCGCUGCCCCGAGUAUGGGCAGGCGGAAGCUGACGAGCACAUUGAGACGUGCUCCAUGGUCAUCGCGAGGGAUUUGAGGCAGUACGAGGACGAGAUUCUCGAUGUUUUGAUCCAGUGUGCCGAGGAGCUUCCACACAAGCUGCCCUUUUAUGGCGCUGUGGUUGGUCUCACGAACAUAGAGGAGGCAAAUUUUGUUUCUCGAAUCGUUGAGAGAGUUCACAGUCGGCUCCAGGAUGCACUCAAUACCGAGGAUUGUAACAGAUUGAGAAUACUUUUACGGUUCCUGGCGGUGUUGAUGUGCAAUAACGUCAUCUCGUCCACCUCCCUCGUUGAAGUGUUUGAAACGCUCCUGUCUUCAGCCGCAACUACUGUUGAUGAAGAAGUUGGAAACCCGGCCUGGCAGCCGCGAGCUGACUUCUACGUUUCGUGUAUCCUGUCAUCGCUUCCUUGGUGUGGAUUCGAGCUGCAAGAGCGAGCUCCGGAGGAGCUUGAGCGGGUUAUGGCUGCUGUAGAGGCAUAUUUUAGCCUUAGAAUGCAGAGACCGGAUUCCUUACUCACUCCUUUCUACGUGGAUUCUAGUGGAACUUCUCCAAUCACGGGUCAAGACUACGUACAGGAGUUUUGGUCCAGGACACAACAAUUGCAACAAGCUGGAUGGAAAGCUGACAGUGUUCCGAGGCCAUAUGCUUCUUUCGAAUCUCGACUAGUGACGUCUCAGACCCUUCACCAGCUGAAGGCUCUAGCUUGCCCAGCUAUACCAAAACCACAUACUGGUCCAAAGGAUUUGGCUUUUGGGAGGCAAACUCAUGAAGCGGAAACCAAAUACCCUCAAAGAACCGGUCGUUUGCGGGUUUUUCCUCCAGAAAAUUCAGAGAAGGAUAUGGCCCCUAUCGAUUGCUUCAUUGUGGAAGAGUAUUUGCUGGAUAUAAUGUUGUACUUGAAUGGGAGUCGCAAAGAAUGCGCAGCUUUCAUGGUAGGGCUGCCUGUGCCAUUUCGUUACGACUACCUUAUGGCUGAAGUUGUUUUCGGACAGAUGCUUUUACUUCCCAAGCCUCCUUUUAAGCUGAUUUAUUACACUAUAGUUAUUAUUGAUCUCUGCAAGGCUUUACCUGGUUCUUUUCCGGGCUUGCUUGCUGCGGUCGUACGAAAUCUGUUCAGCAGAAUUAGUGAGCUAGAUGUUGAAUGCAGAUCUCGUCUCAGCACAUGGCUUUCUCAUCACAUGUCUAAUUUUCAAUUUAUCUGGCCAUGGAGCGAUUUUGCUCACGUUGCUGAGCAACCGGCAUGGUCACCUCAACGAGUCUUUGUUCAGGAGACGUUGGAGAAGGAAGUUCGCUUGUCAUAUUGGGAAAGAGUGAAACAGAGUUUGGACGAUUCUCCAAAGCUCUGUGACUUGCUUCCUCCAAAAAACACUCCAGAGUUCAGAUUUAGUCGGGACAACCAAGUAGAAGGUUUGGAGACAGAGACGGGGUUUGCUUCUGAGUUACUGGCACAGAUCAAAACAAAGAAGGGAAUGAAAGACAUAGAGUCGUGGUUUGAAAGCAAGAUUGUUCCUGCUGCUGGUCAAAAAGUUGCAAUCGAGAUCCUUCUUCAAACACUUCUCAACUUGGGGUCAAAAAGUUUCACACACAUGGUCACUGUGCUCGAGAGAUAUGGUCAACUCAUUGCUACGCUUGCACCAGAUGAGACGUUACAAGUACAUGUGAUCGACGAGGUUGCCAGGUUCUGGCAGAAUUCAUCUCAAAUGAUCGCGAUUGUGGUGGACCGCAUGAUGGGCUACAGGUUGGUAUCCAAUCUGGCAGUUAUCAGGUGGUCCUUUAAGGACGAAAACGUUCAAACUUUUCACACUUCUGGCCGGGUCUGGGAGCUUCUGGGAAAUGCAAUCAAUAAGGCAGGCAAUCGCACCGCAGACCUUCAAAGGGAUGUGGUAAACGCUAAAAGAGCACUAGACGAAGCUGAUGGAGCAGUUAGCAAAGCCGAAAGAAACCGAUCGAACGUUCAAGAGCUCAUUGAUUCGGCCGAGACUGACGAUGCACGGAAACAAGCUACGUCUAAGAUGGAGUGGGUCAAAACGACGGUUGUAAAAGCAAGAGGUCGACAAACUGCUGCUCAGGAUCUACUUGAAACGAAGGAGGCUUUACUCUCGGGAGCUCUCAGGGAGCAAGACACGCUUGUGUGUUUGGUGUUCCAGAACCUUGUGUCAACUAUAUCUUCCAAGCUUUCAAAAAGUGACGCUGAUGGUGCUGAUACUGCGGAGCCGGAACCUAUGGAUGUCGACGCUGAUCCUUCUGCAGCUGCAACAGAAGGCAAUAACAACGAGAACAACGAAAACCAGAAUGAAAGUGUGGCAAGCAAGGGGGAAGAUCAUCCGAACGAGGAGCUCAAGCACUGGCAAAGAUGCACGAUGGGACACCUUGAGGCAUUUUGUCGCCAGUACGCCGCAGAGGUCUGGCAGAUGAUCGAGAAACUCGAUCAAGAAGUGUUCACGGAAAAUGCAAACCAGGAAGUCAUCAAAGUUGUCUACUCUGCCAUUAAGCGCCCAAUCUUGGACAAGAACUAAGAGGAAAGUAUUUCAAACUCACACUUACGUAAGAGCUAUAGACCGCGGCAGCCAAGGAUCACGUUGAUCCUGUAUUUUCCCUCUAAAAAAUGGUAAAACCCGGUUAAAGGUUAAA